AUGGAUAUCGUCCUAGAGUAUUACCCAAAGCCCACCAAAGCGCGCAAAACCGAGUUCAUUAAGACUGCGAUGGCAGAGUUGAACAAACAUGGUAUUGUUGGGAUGCACGAUGCUGGCGUAGUGCCGGCAGAUUUGGAGCUUUACGAAGAGCUCGCGGACGACUCGGACUGGACUGUGAGAGUCAAUGCGAUGAUUGAAUGCGAUGUCCGGAACACGUUCUGCCCCGAGGCGGUCAGGAAAGUUUCGACUCCGAAUGGCCGAUUUCAUGUGAAGAGCGUCAAGCUUUUCGGAGAUGGGGCUUUGGGCUCCUGGGGCUCAGCUAUGAUCGAGCCGUACAGUGACAAACCGGAGUCCUCCGGCUCUUUACUUGUCAACGCGACUACGCUGUCACGUGUGACAUAUGAUUGGGCCGUCAAGGCAGGGUACCAAGUCAAUAUUCAUGCUAUUGGGGAUCUUGCUAACAGGCUUGCGGUUGACGCGUUUGAAGCGGCGUUGAAACGCUUGUGCCCCCACGCUAACCCCCGCGACUGCCAAGCUAAACGUCGUUUCCGCAUUGAGCACGCCCAAAUCAUCCAUCCAGAUGACCAGCUUAGGAUGUCAGAACUUGGUAUCAUUGCGUCAAUACAGCCCACGCACGCGACCUCUGACAUGGGUUAUGCCGAGAGCAGGCUGGGCCAGCAACGAACAAAAGAUGAGGCGUACCGAAUGCGGUCGCUCUUACCACUUCGUCCAAUCCUCGGAAGCGACUUCCCAGUCGAACCCGCGAGUAUCUUCGAGGGAAUGUAUGCGGCAAUCACGCGACGAAGUCCACACACAGGACUGGACCCUAGCGGUGGCAAGGCUGGCUGGUAUCCCGAAGAAAGCCUCACUUUCGAACAAGCUCUGGAGGGAUUUACGGUAAACACUGCGUAUGGCGCCUUCUUAGAAGGCAAAGCUGGUGUCAUUGAAGCGGGGGCGUAUGCUGACUGGGUUGUUCUUGACGAACAACUUGAAUCGCUGGACCCAGAAGCAUUGAGGAAGGUGACAGUGAAAGAGACGUGGGUGGGCGGCAAGCGAGUCUAUUGA